UUUAGGCAAAGCCAAUAUGUUCAUGUUUGAUUAUUAGCCUUGUACGAUUCUAAUUACAAGGCAUUGCGUUGGUCGACUAUACCAUGGCACGCGCCAGAAUUAUCGGUUGUCAAUUUUCGGUUUCGUCUUGCCUCUCCCCUUCUCUUUGCAUUUGCUGUUCAAUUUGCAUCGGAAUUACACGCGUUUGUUGCGUUUAAAGUUAAAUUUUUCAAAAAACAUUUACAUAAGUGACCUAGUGAUACUAACUAAUUCUGAUCAAAGAUGGAGCCUCAAAAUAAAAUUUUAAAGAUGGCGUUUAAUGUCGAUGACGAUGACCUAAUUGCGGAGACGCAAAUGAGGGAGGUGGAGAUAGUGAGCGAGGUGAGCGACUCAAAAAUUGAUCGCCUAGAGCGAAAAAUAGAUGAGCAGGCGCGGAAACUGGAUGAGCAGGCUAGGGAAAUCGCCGCUUGCACCAACCAGCUGGCAAAGUUGACAGCAUUGCUGGAGGUCUUUGUUAAGGGAAAGGCCUCCAGCAAUGCUGUCAACAUGGAAUUCCCGAUUGCCACCGACGAGGCAUUGGCAGCGUUAGAAUUCGCCUUAGGCCGCGGCAUGAAGGAAAAAUGUACCACCGCAGUGACGAACUUAUUAAAGCGCGGAGCCCUUACAAAGUCAUUAAAAUAUAUUUUCGUGGAGGACCUGAUCGUCAAUUACAAUAUUGACGGAGCAAGUGGUAAGAGGAGAUUAAAAUAG